UCACCCAUCUUUCGUUACAAAAGGCUAUAAUUAUAACAAGAUGGUGCUUUUAAAAUGUUCAACUUUAUUAAUUAUUUUUUUAUAUACGUUAUUUCUUGUCGGUGUUUCUUAUUGUCAAACCGUCUCUUCAACAGAGAUUGUAAACAAUGUUAGUAACUCGUAUUGUGACGAUGGUUGGGUACAGUACAAUGUAUCCGUGUGCGUUCAAUUCCGAAAGGAGCCGGAGUACUUUUCAGAAGCAAAGGAUGCCUGUUCACGGCAAGGCGGGACACUUGUUACUCCUAAUACCAAAGAAUUUAACAUGUGGUUAGUUGAUCGAUUUUCUGGGAGUGGGUUAUUCUGGAUUGGGAUAGAGAGACUAGGCAGACGUGUGUUGAAGUUUCUGAAUAACCAACCGAUAGAGUGGUCAAACUGGGACACUUAUUACCAUCCCUAUUCAGGUGCAAGCUUCUGUGCAUAUCUUAAGAAAUCAGGAAAAUGGUCGUUUGAUCGCCAGUGUAACGUGGAACGACAAAGAGAAUUUGUUUGUCAAAAAGAUGCAGUUUGCUUUGAAGGAAAAUAUGGUAAAAACUGUGAUGAAUCAUGUCAUUGUCACGGUAAAACUUGUGAUAUCAGUGGCAUAUGUCUGUAUGGCUGUGAACGAGGCUGGACUGGUACAACCUGUAGUCAAGCCAAGAACAGAGCUGAUGCUAUAUACUAUUGUAUGAAUUCUAAAACAGAUGGAAAAUACAUGUUGUUAAGGAUAGUCCCAAGAGGAACACAUUAUGGGGAUAUCAUCGCACUUAAUAACGACGGUGAACCUGUCAAACGAUGUCGAGGUAGUACCUUCACUACGAAUCCGUUAAGUGGCGAGAGGAGUCGACGAGUUGAUGCAUAUGGCAAGAACACGUGUGGUGUUACUAAGAUAUCUUCUAAUGUUUUUGAAUGGCGAUUUUACCUACAAGAAAUGGAAGGUGUAUUAUCUGAAUUUGAUGAAGUUUUAACUCUAACUUGUGAUUUUAGUCAAGCUGAUACUCUCUCUGUACAACAACAGGGGGCAGUGGGCGGUCUUUUACAGGCUGGGACGAGGCAUGUAGAAGCAACAAAAGAAGAAAUAAGCUUAAAUAUUAUUGAUCCGUUUUCCAAAAAAAGUUUAUCAGAAGUUGUCAUAGGAACCAACGUUGUUCUUCAAGUUAUACUGAAGAAACAGACAGGUAUCUCGGCUAAAGGUAUAUCUGUGUUCGGGUGUACAGCACGAAAUUCUAAUGGAAGCUUGGUGAAAAACCUCAUUGAUUCCAAGGGAUGUCAACUUCCGUCUUCCACAGUGUUUCUACUGGAAGGUUAUGGCUUGACAGUUACAUCAGCCCCAUUUCCUAUUUUUACCUUCCCCGGAUCCCAAGUUGUCAUCUUUACCUGUAAUUAUGAAUAUUGUUUUAAUGAAGGCGAUCUCAGGUGUAUGGCGAGGUGUGCGUAUUUAAGUGAAGAUCAUAGACGUCGACGUGAAGCUAAUGGAACGUCUAGUAAUAAGUCAACGUCAGCGUCUAUUACUGUACAUCCAUGUAAACAAAGCAAGCCCACAGUUGCCGAGAACACAGUUCAUGGCGAACACGAAGCGUGGAUUUACAUACAUCCGGUCACGUGUGGUGUAUUCUUCCUUUUAUUGGUGGUUGUUUUCAGCCUCGUUGUGGUUUUGAUUCGAAAGAGUAGCACAGAUGACAUCGUGCAAACUGUUUACCAUGGGAGAACAAGGUGAUGGUAUUGAUGUUGGAUAAAAUACUGACGUAAUUCUUGAUACAUGCUGUGGUCGAAGUGAAGUCAAGAACCAUACACCCAUCAUGUACAAUCCAUAAUAACAGUACAUUAAUGUCUUGGAACAAGCGAACACAUUUAAUUUUAACAAAUAAAUUCAUGUUUGAAGUA